CCCAGACUCCACCCACUGACAACUACGUCGCUCCUGAGGGGAACUUCCGAGUCUGUUGUUUGGACUUCAGAGCAGAAGUCGUCUUGUUCGUCGCUUUCUCUUUUCUGAGCUCAGUUCAUUCUACAUCCGUCCUAAUUCGUUCCCAGGCCGAACAUGACGCUACCGUCAGCGCACAGCACCACCACAUUCCGGACCGUCAGCGUCGCUUCGGAACCGGGCACAGCGACGCUGCUCUCCCAGAACCAGCUCGGCGGCAUCACCGGCGGCAUCACCGGCGGCGCGACUCUGCGCACGGUCGGUGUCUCUCCGGCGCAGUUCUCCUCCGUGCAGUACGUCAACGGCUCCAUGGACGGCACCGCGCUCCACGGGAACGUGCGCUACCUCGUGCCCGUGAACAUGCAGCGCGCCUCCGAGUCCUACGUCGUGGUCAAUCAGGCGCCGCAGAUGUUAACGCCGGUUUACCUGCAGAACGUCCAGAACGUGCAGCGGGUCAGCGUCAGCAGCAUGGACGAGACCGACACGAUCCAACAAGUGAACAUCAAUGGCCAAGCUUCGGUGUUCAGUCAGCCGUCGAGCCCCAUCAAGAGUCCUGAGCCUCCUGAGCCGGUGGAGAGCAUCAGCACCAGCAGCAGCGUGCAGGAGGUCGUCAACUUCGACACGAAGACGGAUUUUGAGUUUGAACCAUUGGCCAAACUCGACACACGCUUUUUUGGCGAGCUGCUUGCAGAGGUCUACCGGAAGAACUGCGACAUUCACACGUGCAUCUCGGAACAUGUGUCCAAGAUCCGCGGACGGAAACACUUGGACCUCGAUUAUAAGCAGAAAGAAGACAUCGAACACCUUAUUCCUAAAGGAGUGUCAGAACUUACGAAGCAGCAGAUCCGCUACCUCCUGCAGACGCGCAUGACAGCAGACAUGACCAUGCGUAUGCUCCUGAGCACCUUCAGCAGCCUGAGAGAAGAUCUGGUGCACCUGCAGGACGACCUGAGGCGCCUGGAGAGUGAGAAAGAGCAGCUGGAGCGAGACCUGAGCUUUAAGGCUGAACAGUCGCUGCAGUACGACCGACUGUUGGAAAGCGUACGCGAGAACAACCGACAGCUGCAGAUCUCUCUGAAAGAGAGCACCAGCGCCCAGCGCAAAAUGGAGACUCAGCUCAUGAACACUCGCAGCACAGACUCCAGCAGGGAUUUCCGCAUCAAAGAUCUGGAAGGGAGCAAACGGGCCCUCGAGCAGGAGAACGAGCUGCUGCGCAAGAAGCUUGAAGGCCAGUGCAGUAACGCCACUCUGCAGACUAAGACCCAGGAUCUGUCCCGACAUUACGAGCAGCUGCUGAAAGAGCUACGAGAAGAGAAGGACAAGGAGCUAAAGAAUAUGCGGUCUCAGCUGGUGAAGAUCCAGACAGAAUACACUACAGAUCGCUCCAGUGAUAAGAGCCUAGAGCUGAGGAUCACAGAGCUACUGACCACACUGGAGAAGCGCGAAUCCACCAUCAGACGCCAGGAGGAGGAGAUCAGAAAGCUGCAGCAGGAGAAGACGAGCAGCUCCGACAGCCUCACUCAGACCGUCAUUACUAAAAAGUACCAGACCCAGUACCCGAUCCUCGGCCUGCUCAGCGAUGACUAUCAAUACACACCUCCACCUGUCCGUGAGUCCAAGACCAUCGUCAUCAAGAGGACGGGCGAGAUGACCAAAAAGGGAUACACUACUUAAAGACCCCCUAAAGACGCCGCACAGCUUCUCUCCGACACGACCGAGCACGAGACGAGGGCUACCCAGAUUCUUGUGCCAGUACCUACUAGAUCACCUCUCUAUCUUUUCUCACCCGUCCGUCUCUGCACCCCGUUUCCUGCUUCCCUGUUUUUAUCCCUGCUUCACGGCUCUAGAGCGGUGGUGGUUCCGGCUCUCGGCGUAAACGGGACGUAAGCUUCCCUUCACGUUCCGAUGCCGAGCAGCUCGGUUUCCGAGCCACCACGACUCUACCAGCCUCUGUUCAGAAACUCCUGUAGUCAUGUAGUCUCUGAUGUAUGACAUUAAAGGAUGUGAGCUCAGACCGGUGAUGGGAUUUGUUUGCUAUAUAACAGCAGUGGAGGUGUUUUUGUUCCUCUUUAUUUGCUUUGUUUUUUUUUCUUCUUUUUUUUUUGGUUGCAUGUGGAAAAGAGUUAAUUAUCAAGUAUUAGAAAUAAAAGAGACUAGAAUAUUUGGGUUAAGGAGACCAUUGGUGUAUUUAACAAUAACAAAGCAUGAGAGGGUUGUAGGUUUUUUGCGUUUUUAAACCUUAACAUCUCGCAAAUACUUUUACCAUAAACCUAAUGUGGCAGCUAUAUCAAGUUUUUUUUAUAUAUAUAUAUAUUUUUAAUAAUCGUCCGAUUCACGUUCAAACGCAGGACUGUAGUCAUCUCAAGGAAAACGGUGUGACGUUGGACGUGUUGCUAGAAAGGAUGUAAUUUUGAAGUAGCAAAUGCUCACUCACUGGCCACUUUAAUAGGAACAUUCAGCUUUUCAGUUAUCCAAUCAGCCAGUCAUGUAGCAGCAGCACUGAUACAUGAACUAAUGAAGAAACUCUUCGAAAACAAGAGCUUCGGUUAAAACACCAGAACGAGGAUCUCGAGCAACCACGAGAACGCUUUCUCCAGAAUUGGAGAUCCAGAUCCUAUCCAGAGUGGAACCCGAUGUGGUUUUCUGCUCUUGUAGCGUUUCCACUUAACUCAAGGUUCAAGAUGUUGAGAUGCUUUUCUGUUCACUGCGGUUUCGACAGAACGAAGAGUUAUUCGAGUCGCCGCAGCCGUCCUGGGACCUCGAACGGGUCUCGUCGUUGUCUACUGACCUUUUCUCAACAAAGCUGGAUUUAUUUUUUUCUACAGCUUUUUUUUUGUUCCUGUUAAAAGUUGCCAGUCAGUGCAGUUUAAUGGCAGCCACUGACCCAAAUUAGGGACAUUCACUAAUCCUCAGCUUCUUUAGGUUUACUGUCAGCGGUGUGUAAAGAUGUUUCUCAAAAUCUCUUCAAAGUAUAAAACAAAAUUGUAAGAGAAAAAUCCUAACAAGAGUUGCUGUAUUUACAGGGGUGUGAUUUCAUAAACAACUGCAUUAAUCCUGCUUUAAUGACUAAAUCUGCUGUAUACCGUGUUUCUACAUUUUUGUACAGUGUAUCAUCAGCUUUUUUUCCCCCUCCCCUGUUGUAUUCCAGCCAUUUUCUUUUUAAUAUUCAGAACUUUCAAUUCAUGUCCGGUUUCAGUCUGCUUGGGAUUGUUACACUGCCCUCUGCUGCCUGCAAGGUGAACUGCAAUGCAAUAAAAAAAACAUCUGUCUGA